AUAAGGUUGCUGAAAGUGGCUAGCCUCCAGUUCGAGGAACAUCGUGGCGACACAGUUCCUGCCUACGCGAUAUUGUCCCAUCGCUGGUAUGAACCUGAGCUCUCCUUUCGAAAGAUUAAGGACUUCUGCUACCAGGCUUCAGAGCAAGGCAUCGAAUAUGUGUGGGUGGACACUUGUUGCAUCGAUAAGUCUAGCAGCGUCGAGCUGCAAGAGUCCCUUAACUCGAUGCAAUCAUGGUAUGCGAAAUCGGCAGUCUGCUUUGCAUAUCUUCGAGAUGUCGACCUUCAUCACGUUCCAACUCGGAGAGCCUCUCGAAGUCCCAAUGAAGGCCAAUUGAACAAAUCUCUGGAAACUUCCUUCAAGAAGUCCAACUGGUUCACACGAGGCUGGACACUGCAAGAGCUCGUGGCUCCCCGUCAUCUCAUAUUCUUCGACCGACAAUGGGCAAAAUUGGCGAUGCACGAGAAAUUCAUUCCGCGAUCUCUGCCAUCACAGGUAUAG